UCUCCUUGUUCGAAUUUGAUCCCUCUCUUAAAAUCUUCAUCACAAAAAUAAACCAUAAAACAUCAUCGUAUACAUCACCUCGUAACCGUCAAAAACAAAACACAUUUAGUAACACUAAUUCAGACAAGUUCCGUUGUCCCACUAACUCGCCUGAGUCAACUCGCUCCUCCCCCAAUUCGUUAUGCUAACUCGCUGCCUCGGCGCCCGGCGGCUCCGUCAGAUCCGCCGCGCCUUCCGCCACGGCGCCGUCACGUUCCUCUGCUUAUUCCUCACCGUCAUCGUCCUCCGCGGCACCAUUGGCGCCGGCAAGUUUGGAACCCCUCAACAAGACUUCGACAAUCUCCGUCACCACCUCAACUCUCACCGCCGCGUCCUCGAAGAACAACACUCAGAAAAAACCACCACCACCAGCAACAACUACGCCACCUUCGAUAUCUCCACGAUCCUCGUCGACGAGCCACCCAGCAAGGACGAAAUAACCCGCGAUCCAAAGGCGCCAUACACAUUAGGUCCCAGAAUCACCAAUUGGGACCAACAGCGCAAAAGGUGGCUCCAACAGAACCCUAAUUUCCCAAAUUUUAUCGCUCCGAACAAACCUCGCGUCCUUCUCGUAACAGGUUCGUCUCCAAAACCGUGCGAGAAUCCCGUCGGUGACCACUACCUUCUGAAAUCCAUUAAGAACAAAAUCGAUUAUUGCAGGCUCCACGGGAUCGAAAUCUUCUACAACAUGGCGCUAUUUGAUGCAGAAAUGGCAGGGUUUUGGGCCAAGCUUCCGUUGAUUCGGAAGCUGCUCUUGUCGCACCCUGAGGUCGAGUUUCUAUGGUGGAUGGAUAGUGACGCCAUGUUCACGGAUAUGGCGUUCGAGGUUCCGUGGGAGAGGUACAAAGAUCACAACUUUGUGAUGCAUGGUUGGAAUGAGAUGGUGUAUGAUGAGAAAAAUUGGAUUGGGUUGAACACUGGUAGUUUCCUUCUAAGGAAUUGUCAAUGGUCAUUGGAUAUUCUUGAUUCUUGGGCUCCAAUGGGACCAAAGGGGAAAGUUAGGGAUGAAGCUGGGAAAUUGCUAACUAGGGAGCUCAAGAACAGGCCGGUUUUCGAAGCAGACGAUCAAUCCGCAAUGGUGUAUCUACUUGCAACUGAGAGGGAUAAAUGGGGUGACAAAGUGUACCUUGAGAAUGGUUACUACUUGCAUGGCUAUUGGGGAAUUCUUGUGGAUCGUUAUGAAGAGAUGAUUGAGAAUUAUCACCCUGGUCUUGGUGAUCAUAGGUGGCCACUUGUGACACAUUUUGUUGGGUGCAAGCCUUGUGGUAAGUUUGGAGAUUACCCUGUUGAGAGGUGUUUGAGGCAGAUGGACCGUGCAUACAAUUUUGGUGAUAAUCAGAUUCUGCAGAUGUAUGGUUUCACUCAUAAGUCUCUUGCAAGUAAGAGGGUGAAGAGAGUGAGGAAUGAGAGUAGUAAUCUGAAAAUGGCUAUCAGGAAUGUUAAUCCAGUGAAUCCAAUCUAG